UCAACUACUGGUGCACUGACCCUAUAUCUUGAGCUAUGUAUGAUUGAAAAUAAACCUGAGAUGUUCCGCAUCAAACUCUGCUCAUACCGUAGCAUAUUUGUAAAUGAAUUCAAUCUGUCUUUCGCUAAACCUAAAAGCGACACGUGCAGCACAUGUGAUGCUGGAAAAUCCAACGAAGAACAUAUUGAAAACUAUCAUACAGCUUUCGAAUCAAUGAAAAUUGACCGAGAGCUGGCCCAGACAUCAGAUAAUGUGGUUUACAAUUUUGGAAUCCAUAUUGAAGCUAAAGGUGUUAGUAAGUCAAUCUUCUGUACAUGGACCGAAAAUCAGGGCUCCAAAGGAAGUAUAGAUAUAUUUUGUUCGUUACUGACAGCGGUGGAAUCAGAUGAAAUACUUCGCUCCAAAUAUCAUUUAAUCAUAUGGUCUGACUCUUGCGGUGGUCAAAAUAAGAACUUUUUAUUAAUUUGUCUAUACCAGUACUUUGUACACAAGAAUAUGUUCAAAGUAAUUGAUCACAAAUAUCCAGAAGUUGGACAUACGUAUCUCGACUCAGACCGUGAUUUUGGGAGAAUUGAGAAGAACCUUAGAAAUCACGAAGUUCUUUUUACCCCAGAACAAUACAGACAUAUUAUAACAAAAUCUGGUAGAAAAAAUUUGGUCAUUGAUAUGUCAAAUCACUUCAGAGUCACAGAAAGAGAUAUGAAGUUGUACAAUAGGAAGAAAGAUCUUCUUAAGGAAAAAGUUAGAUUCAGAGACGGUAUUAAGUGGUUUCGAGUAGAACAUUAUGGAUCGUACAUGUUCAAAGAGUGUUAUGAUUAUCAUACUCCAUUUAAAAAAGUCAGUGUUACUCAAGUGAUGAAUGUAAUACCCCACAUUGAUAAUAUAGUUAUUGUAAGAAACCCUAAUAGGAAAAAUGUGGUUUCCAAAGAAAAAAUUGAAAAUUUGAAAGAGCAACUACAGUUUGUCCCUGAUGAACACCAGUGGUUUUAUAGAAACAUUAUAACUGAGCACGAAGCAGCAGCUGAAGAUUAAUUUUAGGGAAUAAGAG